CAUCUGUUUCUCUAGUUCUGUGUGUUUUAGUGUGAGUGAAUACUGUGACACAGUUCAAUUUAUGAUUAUCGUGGUAUACACCAUAAAUUUAUUCAAUUUUGUAGAACAAACGGACAUGCUUUUAACUUAUGAAAAAAUGAAAAAUAUUUCCUUCAUAAUCGUUCUUCUCUUGGCUCCGACAUUUCCAUUAAAAAUCACUAUUAAUCCUAAUAGUGUGAAGGGGCAUUUAACGAAGUUUUGGAAAAGCACAGGCUUCAGCCCCUCUAGUUUUGACCAGACAUCUACACGAGAAUUUUUGAUGUCUAAGGAUGUCGAACAUAAUUUGGCAAUUAUAUCAGCGCUUCCCAAUCAAGGUAUCGAGUUUGUAAGGAUUCAUUGGUUGCUCAACCUCUUGUAUUUCAAAUCAGAUGGAACGAUAAACUGGGAACUUUUAGAUGAAGUAAUUGAUUUGAUCGUUGGCAAUGAUAUGAAACCUGUUAUCGAAUUGAUGGUGAACCCUGAAACUGAUCAGAAAAAAGAACUUUUCAAAAGCGGCGGUAGAUAUUUUUGGAAAUGGAUUACUUCUGCAUUAGCCCAACGAUACGUAGAUAAAUAUGGAAGUAAAAUGGUUUCCGAAUGGAGGUUUGAGACGUGGAAUGAACCAGAUCUAAAGAUGUAUAAUGUACUUAAUUUUGGAUUGGAAGAAUACAUCGAUUAUGUCAUGGGAUGUGCUGAAGGAAUCAAGUCUGUACUGCCUGAAGUCGAUUUCGGUGGACCAGCUGGAUUGUUUAAAAACAUAAGCAAUCAUCCCUUGUGCUGGGGUUUUCUUAAUUAUUGCAACAAUGAUCUGAGAAGGUGUAAACUGAAUUACAUUUCUCUACAUAAAAAGGGAAAUAGCUCUACUUCUGAGAUAUUGAAUGGAAUGAACUCAUUUCGUGUAGAAAUGAACAGAAAAUAUCCUAACUUGGGGAUUCUACCAUUGAUAAACGACGAAACGGAUCUUCUCUCAGGCUGGUGGCGUGACGAAGAUUGGAGAGGAGACAUCCGCUACGCAGCAGCUGUCUGCAGGACAAUAUUCCUCUACAGAUCUCUAUUACACUCAUUGAACGUUAAGAGUAUAAGCAACGACAAUGGCUUUCUCAAUACCCCACCAAAUUUUUUCAAUCAGAGGACACUUUUGACGAGGUUCAGUGAUACAGAAGGUAAUGCCCAUUUUGUCCAGAAGCCGGUUUACGCCGCCAUGGGUUUGUUAUCGAUGUUAGGAGAGGAAGAAGUUCAAACCAUCUACAAAGAAGACGACAGGUUUUCAAUUAUUGCAACUCGGAACAACCACUAUAAUAAUGACAAUAAAAUGACAUAUGUGUGCGUAAUGAUUGUUCAUUCCAGUGAUACGAUGGAAAUUAAUGACACCAAACAUGAAUUGGAAUUAAUAACAAAUUUACCAACUUGGGAAAAUGCUCGUUAUGUUUUGUACAAACUUGAAAAUAUUCAGCCAAAUCCAAAAGAUAUAUGGAAGAAACUGGGUAGCCCUAUGAUUCCAACCUUAAACCAACUUUCAGUAAUGCGCCGAUAUCAGGAACCUAAAAGGAUAGCUAUUGGAAAGGUGAAAAAAAUCCCUUUCAGUAUAAAAUAUAGCGUAGUUCAACCCAGCAUUAGCUUUUUACAAAUCUGUGACAGUAGCGUGGGGAAACCAGGAAAGAAAAACUAAUGAGCGGAAAGUGAAGGAUAUAAUAUAUUAAGGGUGUCCAGAGGCACUACCGGAUCCAGGAUUUAAUUUUGUGGGGAGGGGCUUCAGACCGAAAGCUUUAUUUUCAAAUAUAAAACGAUAAUUAAUUUGAAAAAAAAGAAGAAAGAAACUAACUACCCAUAUGAAAUGGUGUUUAAGUAAUUCUUGAAGUCCUAUUAAAUGUAAUUACACGAACAAUACUACUUUAAGAGAUAGUUUUUAAUAUUUUUUUCUAUAAAACAUGGUUAUAUUUUACCAUUUUUUUUUUUUUUGGGGAGGGGAUUUCAGCCCGAAAGCUCCCCCCUCCCCUGUAGAUCCUCCUGUGUCCAGAGGGGUCUGUUUACAAAAUUUUAAGGAAGCACAUUUUUUCGGAGUUAUGGAUAUUAGAAGAAAGCAAAUAUUUUCAGACUGUGUAGGCAAGGAAAGAAAAAAAACGAAGGAAAUAAAAGGAAAAUUUAAAUUACAGCUAGGAAGUGAUUAAGAGGUGCUAGAGCCAGAGAGUGAACUGUCCAAUAAUGUUGAUUAUAAGUAUAAGCAUGAGGAAAUAGAUUAAAUAAAUUUGAAUACUUCCAUACUGAUUUUCCUUUUAUUAAUAUGAUUGUUAGUUUUUUUAUUAAUUCUUGGGAAUUAUGAUUUUAAAUUAAAUUUUUACGGGAUUGAGCUUUGGGGCUCCACUAAACCAUCGAAUUCCUCUCGUAUCCAAUCCUUACAAUCCAAAAUCCUUCGUAAAAUCCUCAACGCUCCUUACUUUGUCACAAAUAAAAUCAUCCAUAAAGACCUUAAUGUUCCAUAUGUUUCCGAUUUGGCCCAAUCCAGAUACCUAUCCUUCCAUAAUAAACUGCAGAACCAUCCGAAUCCUCUCGUUUCAAACCUUGCUUCCUCCUCGAUCCCUGAUAACCCUCCGAGGCGUCUGAAAAGAAGAUGGCCUCGGAAUCUUCUAAUAUAGAACUUUAAUUUGAGUUCUACCAAUGGGUAGUUUCUCUUCAUGUUGUACAUGUCAUGUUACCAUUGUCACAUUUACUUGAUGUAUUUUCUAUGUAAUACAGUUGUAAAUUUCAGUAAAAUAAAAAAUUUAAAUUAAAAUUUUCUUAAAUACUAAAUUAAAGCCACAAAUUUAAGUUAUGUUGACUUAAUUCCGACUAUAAAAGUUUUAUUUAUAUUUAUUUGUUACUUGGUGAUUUCCAAUCGAAAAUUAUGCUCAAUGAAUUUUCUGCCCCACUAUGCGCUGGUGCGUUUCAAAGUGUACGUUAGGAUUAGAAACUAAAAAUAUUUUCAGUUUUAUCACUUAUUGAUUUAUAACAGAAAACGAUGCUUUCUAGAUUUUUUUUGUUUUCAACUUUUCAUUUGAAUUCCUCAGAUUUCAUAUAGACUUAAACUUUCAAUAUUGUUUUUAAUUAUCUUUAUUGUAGAUAAAAAACCUGAAAGCAUAUAAUAUAAGCGGUACAGAAUUACUUUUAACAUGGAAACAACCAGUCGAUCGUUUUAGUUGUAUUAAAACUUACUGUAUUGAAUACUGUUCUGAUCGAACAGGAGAUGGUAAAUUUCUGAGGAUAAAUAAGAAUGCUAUCAUUUUUAAUUCUUUUCAUGUCAAUAGGCCAAUGAUAAACAAUGGAACAGUUUUAGGUUUCUAUCGAGUAGCUGCAGUUGAUUUUUGGAACAGAAAAGGACAUUAUUCAAACGUUAUACAUUUUACAACAAAACUGUUUUAAUUAUUAUUUUCUUCCAAAGGGGAUUAUUAUUGAAAUCAAGAAAUAUGACGUUCCUUAUGAGUAUUAAUUUAUUCAUAAAUAGCAUUCUUAUUAUUAAUUUUAACUAUUUAAGAAAAGUUUAUUUCUUUCAAAAUGAAUCCAGAAUUUGUAUAUUUAACUUUUCACUAUUCUAGAGUCAGUGCAUGUUAUCUGGCAGCACUGCUGAGCUGUUGUAAACAAAGCAGGUUGGUUCGUUCCUGAUAGUGUGAUGUUUCUGUAGAGAAAUAAACGUGUUUUGUGGUGUAAACGUUUUUGACAAAGCCUCAUUUGUUUGCGUGAUUUCCUGAGAUCACAACUAUUAUCUCAAAUUCCUUCAUGAGGCAAUUAAUUGUAUUAAUUUUUAAUAUAAAUUAAAAAAAAUGUGAUUAAAAUGUUUUGUUAUUGAAUUCAGACCACAUUUAAAAAUUGUUCAAUGUAUAACAAUCCAUGGAACAAAUAAUAUUCCAACUAAGCAUGCCAUACAUACUGCAAUAUGGGCAUAUACCAACAUAGAAACUGACACACAUUUAGUGUAAAUGCACAUGUAGCUGACAUGCUUAAACACAUUUCAUAGAACUUUUACGUGUAAAAGCUUAAAUAUUAAUGUUAUUAUGUUUUUCAUGGAUUCGUCUCAUAGAACUAUUUCUCGCCUUACCUAGACAUAUUCAUCUAAAUUAAAAAAAAAAAUGAAAAUUAAGAGAAUAAUUUUAUUGUAUCACUAGCUGAUCCUAUUUGGUUUUAAAUGUUCCUAUAGCUGACAGAGAUAAGAAAAAAAUUAAUUAAGGGAAAUUACAAAUUCUUCAUUUUAGGAUUAACAAAAAAUACCUUUAACUUCUUGCGUUUCCCAACUUACAUUCAUCAAUAAAUGCUGGUUGCUGUCAAGAAUGUGUUUUUGGCUAUAGGAAAACCUAUUUUUGUUUCAUGUUUAAUCCAAAUCAUUAGCAAUUUUUUUAACGAGUCAGUCGUAAAUGGUUCCAUUUUUAAAAUCCGUUAUAUUGAUUAUAUCUUUUUGAAUUUAUGAAAGUACAGGCAUCUCAACUACUGGCAAAAGUCCCCAUUAUAGGGCUCCAGUAGCUAACAUCUAGAAGAUAGAGUCUCAGAUUAUAAAGUUAGUCCUAUUUUGAAAAGCAAGGAAAGAAGGUCAUUAGAUAGUUUUAUUGCCAGAUAGGCCUAAUUAAUAUUUUCGAUUAAAAUUUGUUGCUAGUGAGAGAAAAAUUUGUAUAGGAAGAUAUCUUAUUAUUCACUGGCUCAGAUAACAAUUGGUGUAAUCCUUUGUCCCAUUAAAACUUUUAUUUAAUAAAAACAAGAAACAUAUUUUUAAAUCAUCGAAAUCUACCCAUUCAACUAAUAAUAGAUAUUAACCAUAUAUUCUGAGAAAUGUAUUGAGUUAUUUUCAUAUUACAGUUAAUGAAGUGUGACACUUCAAUAAAUGUAUUUAUACUUAUACAUAUAAAUCUGUCUAUAAAUAGGUUAGAACAUACUCAAACUAGCUAUUAGACUUGUGUCUAACAUCCGUCUGAAACAUCGUAAAUAGCUUUAUCUCAGCGUAACCUACAAAUAUUGUAUUUCAAUCUGGAGGUCGGCAAACUUUGUCUAUUUAAUUAGGUACUAAAAAUUCGUAAAUACCCAUUUGCUUUCCACUUGAAUCUUAAGAUAACUUGAGCAAAUAGUCGAGAAAAAAGGUGGCCUUAAAAAAUAUUGAGCCGUUUGGCGUGCCCUACGCCCCCAAAUUGUCAAACUAAUAUAGGUUCUAUAGGCUAAACGGCCCAAUAUUUUUGUAGGACAUCUUUUUUAUCGAUUUAGUGAUCAAAUUAUCUAACGCUCCAAGUGGAAAGCAAAUGAAUAUUUACGAGUUUUUAGUAUCUAAUUAAAGAGACAAAGUUUGCCAACCUCCUAAUUGAAAACGCCCCAAUUCCGAGAAUUUUCGUUAAUAAAAUGUUUGUAGGUUGCGAUGAAAUGAAGCUAUUUACGAAGUUUCUGGCGGAUGUUAAUAAUUUGAUAAAAACGGUUCUGUACCUCGGACCACUUUGUGGAGUGCAGUUUGCAGCAGGGUAAGCCCAUUUUCGUUUUUAUGUUUGUUGAAAGGUGUAAAUAAUAAUAGUAUAUACGAGUAAACGUAUGUGUGCAUUGUUUACAUGCACAUGUGGGAGCUGUUAGCAAAAGAAAUCCAUCAUAUUUAAAAACAUAUUUUACCAUCACAAUAUUUGUAAGUUUAG